AUGGCACCUCUUUCCAUCAUCGGCGCGCUGAGCGCUUUUCCCCUCGCUCUUGCGCACAUGCAAAUGUCAUCACCGUCGCCCUUGAGAGACCCACACGCAGACCGCGACGAGCCCAAAGACUACAACAUCCUUAGCCCACUGAACGCUGACGGCAGCAACUUUGCCUGCAAGGGCUACCACCUCAACACACCACUGACCACAGUCGCAACAUAUGCGGCUGGUAGCAAACAAACCUUGAGGUUGUCAGGGAGUGCAACACAUGGUGGCGGUAGUUGUCAGAUUGCGUUGAGCUGUGACGGCGGGUCAAGCUUUCAUGUCAUGAAAAGUAUAAUUGGCGGUUGUCCCUUGAGUGAUCACUAUGAGUACACAAUACCUAAGGAUCUACCGCCAGCCAAGAAGUGUCUGUUGUCGUGGACAUGGUUCAACAAAAUUGGCAACCGAGAGAUGUAUAUGAACUGUGCCGUUGUCGACAUCACCAACAAGGCUAUGGGCAAGCGCGAUUCUCAAGCUGCAGCAGCCGCUGCAUUGUCAAGAUACCCCGAUCUGUUCGUUGCGAAUCUGGCAGGCAUUAACAGCUGCAAGAUACAGGAGACUACCGAUGUCGUCUUCGACAACCCCGGCAAACAAGUGUCUUACGGUGAUGGUGACAGUGCCUCGAUGCGACCGAGUUUCGCCAAGGGCCAGUGCACUGGAAAAGGGUCCAAGGAUGCUGGCAAAGGCACAACACCGAGCAACUCCGGCAGUGGUGGUGAUGGUGGUGGUGGUAGUGGUCAAUGGACUCCACCAGCGAAAGCGACAUCGCAACAAGGGAGCGAUUGCGCAAGUAAGAUCGCAUCCGGAAAGUGGUAUCCCGAAUGCUUUGGCAGUAGUUCUCGAACAAACCAGCAGAAGCAACAGCCUGCGCAGCAACAACAAGACCAGCAACAGCAGAAAGUUCAGCAAAAGCCGAAGCCGUCACAGAGCGCGCCAAAACCAGACGGCAAGAAGUCAGAGACAAAGGUCCAGCAAGAUCUCGACGCGUACCUGGCAUCGCUUUACGCCAGAGGUCACGUCCGUAGGAGCAUGGCACCAGUAGCCAACUAUGCCGAAAACUACAGCCCGAAGAACGAGUAUUCCGCAAAGGCAGCCGUCGCAAAAACGCAUAUACACACGGAAAAUUGCAAACACAAACCUUCUGAUUAUCCUCCGGGAUCUCACUACCACAACGUAGAGGAUUUGGAUCCGUAUCCAGAGGAUGGAGUCGAUUACUCCAACAAGGACGUCUACAGUACUCAAGACUCGCAGUACCAUGAGGAUGCUGACUCCGCAUACAAACGUACAGCUCGCCAGAAGCGGUGGGCAUCGUACACCAAGCGCGCAGUACCAAUCCAAUUCCACCGUAGCGAUGAGAGUGCGUACUAUCAACAGCAAGCAUCUGACCAGACAUCUGCACGAACGUCUGACAAUCUAUCUGCGCAGAAAUCCUACGAAGACAUGAGCUCUCAAGAAAAAUUUGAGGCUUUCCUUCGCAGGAUGGUCGAGCUCAGCAAUAACAUGGCCUCACUCGUCAAGUACGCUGCUGCUUCCACUGUCAACAUUCCGUACUAUCACCCUGCUUCUACCUACGCUUACACUGCGGGUUAUGCACAUAACGCAGGUUAUGACCGCAACGAAGCGCCUGCCACGGAAAGUGCUCAAAAUGCAGGAGUGGUGCGCAGGCACAGUAAACGAGGCGUAAUCUCAUUUGCCAACGCACCACGGCCUCAAGUUUACCCCGGGCCCAGUGUCGGCAGCAUCAGCGCACCAGGCGACGCUACCGAUGCUGACGCUGGCUUCAAAGCGUGGUUCCCGGAUCUGGUCCAAGGAUUGGUGAGAAAGAGGCAGCUCGUUGACCCUGUGACCAGUGAGGCGAGCAGCGAUGCGGGUGACAGCGUUAACAUCUUCGAGGUACUGCUGAACUACCUCCUUAAGGCAUUCGGCGACCCAUUCAACAUCCUCGAUGACAACCCUGAAACUGAUCCGGUGCCCGCGCCUGAGUCUGAGCCUGAGCCCGAAACCUUGCCAUCAGGCGAGCCUGGAUUUCUCAACGGUGAACCUGACAUCGACUGGGACCACUUGAACGACAUACUCAAUGCCCCACCCUCGGAUGAUCCACCCAACGUCGACUACCCAGAUUUCGAGAUUCCGGAUCUGGACGGGCACUAUACUUUCCCGCCACAGAUAUUCGCGCCUGAAUACCCAAAACCAGAGUUGCUGCCCGGCUAUGUAGAAGGACCCAAUGGACCAGUUUGGAUUGGCGAAGGACCGGACCCUCAGGGAGAUGUCUGGCCGCCCAACGAGCCCUCGAUCAUUAUUUCCAUCGAACCCAUCGACGACUCGACACCUACUGAUACACCUGACUCUACCGAUGUGUACCCUGGGGAGGACAGCCCCGUCAUCUUUUCGUGCGUUCAGCCCAUCCAGCAGGUCGGCUUCAACUCCUGCUGGGGUGGAUGCAAUCUCACGGCCGAAGCAAUUGCUGCCCACGAUGUCUACCUCGAGAAUUUUGCGGAAGAACAAGCCCAAUAUGAAGACUGCCUCGAGAACCAGGCACUGGCUGCUACAUCGCCCAUCGAGCCAGAGCACGGCACAUAUCCCGGCUUGUCUGAAGGCCCAUUCGAGAACAUAACCCCCCCACUCGAGGCACCAGAUGCCAGCGGUCGUCGCCCUCGUCCAGGUCACUCGAACCCUCUAAUCCCAUACCCUCUUCCAGACAACUUCACAGGCCCCUACCCCUUGAACUCUACAACCGAUGCUCCGUACCCAAUCGCCAACACCUCGGCGCCAGCGAGGAACUACACAGAGCUCCAACCCUACCAGAACAAAACCCUCGGCGAGCUCGUGUCAGAAAUCCUAAACAACCCUGCAUCCCUCGGCCCCGCACCCAUACAAGACACGCCAGCGGACCCAGUCGAAGCAGACACCUUCUCAGGCCUGACACCCGUACCGAGCGAUUCAUCAGACAACCUCCCGCCCAUCGACCAGCACUCAAACCCGCUGCAGGAAGCCGCCGACCAGGCCGAGGACGGCGUCACGGUCCCUGAAACCCCUGUCUCCAUCGAUCCUAGUCUGGUGGAUAGUAUUACGGAUGCGCUGCCGUGGUUCCUCGGACCUGGACCGGUCGUCACCAGCCAUGUCCCUGCGGAUGUGGCUGCGCUGAAUAACAAACCUGGCGCUGCUGAUGAUCUGUGGCUUCAGGGUUUGUCUGCACCAUUGGGGACCGAGGGGGCGCAGUGA